CAUUUUCAACACUCGGACGAAAUACUGAAAUAGUCUUUUGCUCUUUUCUUCGAGCCAUCUCCUCAAACAGCCUUUCCCCAAUUGUAUCAAUUUGAAAUCUCCAAUUGCCAAAAAUCCAGACGUCUUCGUGAUCCCUUUUUGCUCAGUUUCCUUUCUGUUUCAAUUCACAUAAAUCCAAUCAAAGAUUACCUCCAUUCCCAUCUCCAAACCCUAAUUUCUCUGAAUCCCAGUUUCCUUCAGUUUCGAACCACUCCUUCAUCGUGACCAGGCCAUCGUCUGACUCCAAACUCUAGCCCAACGUUGUCAAGGUUAUAACUGGCUGUCAGUCGCCGUUUGCACCAUCUUCUUCUUCGUCAAUGUCAUUACGACGAGUUCAGGCCAAAAGAGGGAAAAAUAGCGCCCCUCGUCUCUCUAAUCACAUAAAGCCCUAAUCUUUUCUUAGGGUUAAGAGUUGAGUUGAAGUUUGGAAGUGUUUUGAGUUUCGUUUGAUGGAAGAGGGAGGUGGAUGUUGGCGAAUCCUUGGUCGUGUAAUGGUCGGAGGAUGGUGGUGGCGGGUCUGUGUGGAAGUUCGUCAUUGUUUGGAUGGCAAGCUGGGGCAGGAAAUGCAUGUAUUUGAAACCGAAAUUGGAGAAGUUGGCAGUCGAUUACUAUUCAAGUAUUUGAAAGAACAAAGGCUUCCUCCUCAGACAUUCAUACCUCUCCAAUCUGUUCGUGUAAAGCAAGCAAUGGAGAGAUUGCAUAACUUGGGUGGUACUGCAAAGCUGGUUUUUGAUGUUGUCCAAUAUCCUUUCUUCAUGCUAUUGAUCCAGAAUUCUUGAUAACAAAAGUUCCAUAAUUAUGUGUUGUUGUUUUCAUCUUAUGGUACAGUAGAGAUUGAAGUAUGAUGUGUUAUUUUAUGCUUCUACCAGUGCCUACAUUGGUUUAGUGUGCAAACUUUUAUUCUCACAAAGUAUGUAGUUAAGAAGAUACGCAAUCUUGUGUAAUCUUGUUGGUGUUUGUCUGCAUGUGUAGUGCAUAUUUUGUAGCCUUUUGUUUAUAUGGAUAGGAAUAGGCAGAGACAUUAUGUGUCUGCUUGAUACACACACACACACACACAUUUCAUGUUUUCCAGCAUAUGCAGUAUUGGAAGUAUCUUUGAUCUUGUCCAAAAAAAAAAAUUAGAGGCUUUUAUGUUCUCAUUUUUUUUCUUCCAUCUAUAGCACGAGUUUCCUUUAUGCAACUCCUCACUCCUGUGGUCCUCUCCCACAAAGAAUUUGAGUUUUCAACUACUAAUAAUCAUCCAUAUUAAUAUCAUCUCUGCAUUUAUUUUGGUUAACAUGUUAAUGCAUGGAAGCAUCAAGUAGACACCUUCACUAUUUCGUGGUUAGCUAUCACUGUAGUUCACCCUCCUGAUCAUUAUGCUAUGUUCUAUCCUUGAUGUAUUGCCUCUAUUCCUGGUAAAUUUUUCACUUGUAAGAAAACUGUAAGUUUAUUGAUGAGAAUCUGCAAAAUGGUGCUAUUAGUUUGUCUACUUAACAACCAAACAUUUGAUCAUGCCUUGGAGAAGGCUAUUCUUAACAACCAAACAUUUGAUCAUGCCUUGGAGAUCCGUUUGCAAUUGUAAUCGGGCAGAUCUACAUGAUUCACCCCACCCCACC